AUGUCGCAGAUUAAGGAGGCGCCGUUCUUUGAGAUCUGCACAGCGGAGAGGAGUGGAUUUUCGGAAGAGCACGAACAAGAUGAACAGGUGGAGAGCGACAGAUACCUCGUUGUUUACCUGGACCCCAGACUGGUGCAAACUCUGACUCCAUUUCACAGUAGAGCUUUGGACUUUCAGAGAGAUCCCCCUGACCACCAUACUGUAACACUAGCCAGUCCCUGGGAGGGCAGCUUCAUUACCCUGUCCACCCACCCAAUUAGGAGCCAGAUGGCGCUUCUGGCCAAUCAAAUCAUGGAUGCAAGAAUUCUCAGUAGUAUGAAUGGAAGAGUGGAGCUUUCUCAGUUUCUGAGAGUCACCAAUCAAAGCAUGAUCUCCCAAUCAAACUCUACCCAGGAGGACAAUCGAAAGAACAGGAAGUAUCCCUGCCCUUUGUGUGGGAAGCGUUUCCGCUUCAACAGCAUCCUCUCCCUGCACAUGCGCACCCACACGGGUGAGAAGCCUUUCAAGUGCCCGUACUGCGACCACAGGGCCGCACAAAAGGGCAACCUGAAGAUACACCUCCGUACGCACAAACAAGGAAUCCUGGGUAAAGGCCGGGGAAGGAUCAGGGAGGAGAGCAGGCUGCUUCAUGAGCUCGAGGAAAGGGCCAUUCUUAGAGACAGGCAGAUGCGAGCAGGUCAUGCUGGCAAACAGCAGCUGCAGGCGUCCAACAUGAACCAGCCUCCGAAGCCUUUCGUGAGUACCGUCUCAGCAGAGCCCACAUUUCCCAGCAAUUCUGGUGCAGCAGAUCUACAACCACAUGCAUCCACCUCUCCCAAGACUAGUACCAUCCCAGAUGAGUCCAUCCAAGCCCAAACCGCCGGUUUCCGCUGCUCAUUCUGUAAGGGGAAGUUCAGGAAGCAGCAGGAGCUGGAGCGCCACAUCAGGAUCCUACACAAACCCUAUAAAUGCACUUUGUGUGAGUUUGCUGCUUCGCAUGAGGAGGAGCUGAUCGGCCAUGUUGAAAUGGCACACAUAACGGCAGAUUCUGGCCCAGGACAGAAGCCCGCAACGGGGUCUGGCGAUAAGGGGAAGCCUGCUGGGGAAUUUCCCUGCGAGGUGUGUGGCCAGACUUUCAGCCAGGCCUGGUUUCUGAAGGGCCACAUGAGGAAACACAAGGACUCUUUCGAGCACUGCUGUCAGAUCUGUGGCCGUCGCUUCAAGGAGCCUUGGUUUCUCAAGAACCAUAUGAAAGUUCAUCUCAAUAAGCUGGCUGCUAAAAGUAACAUCCCUCAGCGCGACUCUUCUGUGGACAUGAGUGGCCUAACGCAGGACCAUCAGCGCAACCUCUACUCCCAAUACAUCUCUCGCAUCCACAACAGGUUCCUUCCACCUGACAGAGCAGAUUUGCCAGAUUAUAACCACAUGAUGGCCACAGCAGGCACCGAUAUGAAGGUCAGAGAGAUGAUAGGGAGGAUGAUUUCUUCUGGUCCAGGCCCUCUCUCAGAUGCAGAAAGCUCUUUAUUGGGCUUAAACCAUCUCCCUCCUCCACUGAGCUCCACUGGUAUGGAGUAUCUGCAGAAAAUCGUCUCCAACAGAGAUGCUCUCAACAACAGCAGCACCUACGCAGGUUGGCAGAUCAUCACCCCUAGCCUGGCUCUUGAGCAACACAUGUUCAGUCCUAAAGAGCAGCAGCACCAGCAGUGCCCCUCCUACCUGCCUGAGAGAUGUCUCUCUGUGGACGAUGGGAACCUGCACCUCGCUGACCCCGACGCCAAGGCCGUGAGUGGACCGGAGAGCCCGGGCAGCGUGAGCCACCAUGGGUCAACAGAGAUGAUCAAAGAAGCAGAGAACGCCCACUCUGCCGGUGUCCUUGACCAUCGACCACAAUCUCCCUCUCCAGCUGCAGGUGAGAAAGUCUACAGGUGUCCAGUCUCCAGUGACUACACCCCUGCGCAGACAGCCUUGCUUGGCUUCCAUUUGGAUCGCUAUCACUUCAACCACUGGCAGAAAAACCGAGAUGUUUCUUCUCCGUUGCAGCCCAGCAGCAGCAGCAGGAGCUCCAGCCCCAAUGUCAAGCUCAGACCCAGAUCCAGGGAAGGGUGGAGCCCAGCUCCAGGUCAGUUCCUCAGUCCGGAGGGCCACAGUGAGAAAGCCCAACUUGCCAACAAGCCAUCUGACCUUACUGACAAAGAUGCAGGUGUAGACAGUGCGUCGCCUGGUCAAACCAGGAAGUCGCAGUACGAGCCUCUGGAUUUGUCCGUCAGGCCGGAGUCUGCCCCCUCUCAUCCAGCCGUGUCUCCUGCUGCAUUGGUGCAGAUGUCUGGCCUUUUUUGUAAUGGGCUCUCGUCCUCGAUUACCCGCCGGCUACAAAGUUACUCAAAUGCACCAACUGAACUCAGUAUGAAACCCGCAUAUCAGUGUGACCUUUCAGUGCAGGGAUCAAAAGAAGAGAUGAACUCACAGAACGCAGGCUCUAUAGGUCACGAUAAUGAAGGUGAAUUUGAGAAAUCUGAGCAAGGGAGGGAGGAUGAAAACGAUGACGCUGCCAUGUGGAAGAUGCUGAAAAAUGAUGCCCUUGAGUCAAAGGAGCAGGGACAGGCCAGUGCUGAUCUUGAGGGUCUUGGUGAAAGGAGACAAAACAAGCUCGGACAGUGGGGAAGAGCUGCGGCUGAAUCUCCCAUCUCCUCUCUGGAGAGCUUGACCCCAGGACAGGGAGAUCCACUCCAGCACCAGGGUGCCCUGCUCUCCUUCCUCAGAUCCCAGGGGAACCUGAACAGCACUCCCGCUAGUGCACACAGUCUGAACGGCGGGGGAAGCAUAGAGAACGAUGUUGCAUCAGCUCGGAAGCCAUUCCAAUGUCGGUACUGUCCCUACAGUGCCUCCCAGAAGGGCAACCUGAAGACCCACGUCCUCUGCGUCCACCGCAAGCCCUUUGACAACAGCCUCUACCCUGACCGCCGUCUCCGACGCUCACACACGCCCCAGGUGCCCUCCAGAUUGCCUUUGAGUGUCGCGGGAGACAACAGUGCAUCUGGAAAAGACCAGAACGGCGUGACAUCGCUGUGUGGGACUUGAUGUUGUCAUAGCAACUGCAGAUACAGACAGUUCUGAUUAUUGCUUAAGCUUCACCUUGAGGGGGGUUAGGAUGAUUGAGAUUGUUUAAAAAAGAUGUUAACAGCCCACCUCGAUGUACAUUCCACUAUUUACUUGAAGAGCCACAGUACGUAUUUAUCUGUAGCAAAAGACGCUGCCUAAAAUAAUAAAACCCAUUGUGAUGUGAAGUGUAGCAAAAAGUACAUAGUGACAUUUAUUUUAUCAAAAGUGUCCAAAUGAUUUGUGUUUACAUGCAACCACGGGUCCAACACUUGUCUUAUAGGGAGACUGUACCAUGCCUGCUCAAAGCAUUUGUUCUUUCAUCCAGCAAAUACCCAGUGUUGCAUUUUUGUAAAUAUCGGCCUAUUUUCCUUCCAGUUGAGAAGUCUUGUCUAUCUGUCAGGAUAUGUUGCCAGAUGUUCGGCCUUUAAUCGCAGCAGAUGUAAUGAAGUAGAAUGUUGCACAUCGGAGCUUCCAUUUGUUCUGAAUUCCACUCCAGGGAAAAAGCCUCUCUCACAUAUAAUUAUUGCCCAUUAACUCCUAUGCUUCAUGCCCUCGUGCCGGAGCAAUGUUCAAUUAAGGAGAACCAAGAAAAAGAAAAGAAAAAAAGAACAGCAGAGAUUCAUUGAUAGUGCAUUCAAAUGGGUUUUUCUGCUUUUUCACAUUUUUAUUUAUUUAUUUCUAUUUUUAAUGGACCCACCCGUGUGUGUCCGUAGCCAAUCUCCCCACCAGUGCUGUACAGGCCUGAUCAACAAAGCUACUAUGUGCUGCUUCUGCCAUGUUCUGCAGCUUUAACAUGAUCUGAGCUCCCUCAGCUGCCUGUGCCAAUAGCCUGCCUUCAUACCCAGAGAUCACCUAGGGCAGCUGUGUGCCGGCUCAGCCGGGGCCCUUGUAGCCACAGCGAUGUGACUCUGACUGACAGUCUGCCUGACAACUCCAUUCAUGCACCACCUGCUAGCUGUCAAUCACGGUGGCCAUCCUGGGGCUAUUGACGGAGCUGUCAGCUUGUGUGAGAUGUGUCUGUCAAAGCCCACCCACUCUGCCACUCUGUCUCCCUGCCUGGGCCGCCUGACAUUCGUUUACGUUCCCCUUUCCACCCUUCUUUCCUUUCCGUCUCCUUCUCUUUCUUCGUCUCUCAGUCUGUCUGUCUCGUGCCUGCUUCCCAUCAGGGACACGACAGCCCCUUAAUCCCCGAUCCAAUCACAGAUUCUUUGGAUACACAUUUGUCAUCCUCAAAGCCUCUGGUUUUUGUAAUAGAGUUCUCCACAAACACUUCAGCAGGUGCCUCAGACCUGAUAUACAUGUUGAUUUUUUUUUAAGGCAUCUCUUGUUUCUGUAUGUACCCGGUCAGCUUUGUUGAUGCAGUUUUUUUCGCUUAAGUUUCUCUCUGUGUCAUCUUCUUCCUCUGCUCAUUCACCCUUCAUCCCUCCACCCGACAGGUGACAAGGUCUGAGCCUCCAGCCGACUGCCUAAUCAGAGGCCUGUCAUACCUGUCAAUAUCGUUUUAGAGUCAUGUCAAAUCAGAUCAGGCCAAACCAGUCCAUCAUCCGAGUUGACCAAGGGCACAGAGUUUGGUAACAAAGUGAAAGAAGUUUCCUGGAAAUUCUAUAACUUGUGUCCGCCCAACAUGCUCCGGAUAUGGAUCAUCCCUAAAGCCUCAUCCUGUCAAACCUCCUAAUUAAGCACGCUCUCCCUUAAAGCAAGGCCCUUUAAUUAAUGCCUGGGAAGUUUGUUAAUUACUCUUAAUGGUGAUGAAUGCUUCAGCUAACAUCUCACUGUCACUGUCAAUGUCAUUCCCAGCCUUUUUGUUUGCGGUAAGGGCUUAUCUCUCUGGAGAACAACCAUGUUUUUUAACAGUAACCAGUGUCAAGGGCUCAUUGUAUUAUUAUCAGCUCAUGUUAAAAGCCAGUUUGCAUCUGACCAAGCCCCUGCAUGUGUUUCACUCGCCUGUCAAAGCUAAGUGAAAUGCCUGCAGGUGAUGCCACUACUUGUAUUUUAUCCACCCAAGCUCUGGCUCACCUUGACCUUUUAUGGAGAGUGACAUCCUGUUUACCUGCAGUAAAUCAAUUCUAAUUUUCUGACACCUAUAAAUAACCUUUCUCUGGAGAGAAAAAGCAGAAAUGCCUUCUCGUAGACUGUUGACGUGAGUUUUAUCAAAGGGCCUG